AGCGGGAGACGGUUUCCGAGGAGCCCGGUAUAAAGCGGCCGCUGGUGCCCGGUGUCGCCCGCCGCGCUCGUGCCGCCGUGAGUGACCUCACCCUUCCCUCCUUCUUCCUCCUCCUUUCCCUUCCCCCCCUCCCCCCACCCUCCCCGCGGCCGCCACCGCCGCCUCCCCCCCCCCCCCCCCCCCGCCGCACGGAGCAGGUCCCGGGUGCAGGGGGAGACCCGGGGGCAGAUUAAUCAGCCACUCGAUGGGGAUUAACAGUGGAGCACCUCUUUGUGUCGCCUUUCCACCCCUCUGUAGCAAGAAUAACAACUUCAGCACUUCUUCAAUAAUAAUUAUGAAACUGGUAUUAACUGAAUGGCAAUUAUGGAUUUUUAACUCUAACUCACAGUAAACCAGCAAGCCAUAUGUUGAAAUUCCUACCAAAUAGCUUUUCAUUCUUAAUGUCUCGUAUCUAUACAAGAAGUUGCAAGAUACCUGUUUGUACAAGAGGAAUAUAAGCAUUACUUGCCUGAGGAACAGAAGCUGAAAGAGAAGACACCUUAACUUGUUCGUGGAGUUAUGGUAGUAUUAUUUAUAUAGAUAUAACAAAUAUAUAUAUUUUUUAUGGUAAUGAAAAUGGCUCCCCAGAAUGCUGACUCGGAAUCUAUGCAAGUUCAAGAUCUACCUGUGGUACAGCUUCAGAAAACAGAAAACAAGGAGAAUGAAAGUGGGGAGGAGACCAUUAGUGAAGGAUCCAUAGACCGGAUACCAAUACGCCUGUGGGUGAUGCAUGGUGCAGUAAUGUUUGGCAGGGAAUUUUGUUACGCCAUGGAGACAGCUUUGGUAACACCUGUAUUGUUACAGAUUGGUCUUCCUGAACAAUACUACAGCCUCACUUGGUUCCUUAGCCCUAUCCUGGGCUUGAUCUUCACUCCACUUAUAGGUUCGGCUAGUGACCGCUGCACGCUGAGCUGGGGCCGCCGGCGGCCUUUUAUUCUUGCUCUCUGCAUUGGUGUCCUCUUUGGAGUUGCACUUUUCCUUAAUGGGUCUGUUAUAGGUCUGGCUAUCGGCGAUGUCCCGGACAAGCAGCCCAUCGGCAUAGUUCUCACAGUGCUUGGUGUUGUGGUGUUGGACUUCUGCGCUGAUGCAACAGAAGGGCCAAUUCGGGCCUACUUGUUGGAUGUGGUUGACAGCGAAGAGCAAGACAUGGCCCUUAACAUCCAUGCCUUUUCAGCUGGUCUUGGAGGAGCAAUAGGUUAUAUGUUAGGAGGGCUGGACUGGACGCAGACCUUCUUGGGUGAUAUUUUUAAAUCUCAAGAGCAAGUCCUUUUCUUCUUUGCAGCUAUUAUUUUCUCUGUCUCCGUCGCUCUCCAUCUUUUUAGCAUCGAAGAAGAGCAAUAUAACCCUCAGCAGGACAGGAUUGAUGAGGAAGGAGACACACUUUCCAGUGUCAAAUUGAGUGGUAGUCUCCCCCCUCUGAAUCGACUGAAUGUCAUUAGUGAGGAAGAGCCGUAUGGAGCCUCUCUGUUCCACGACGAGGUUCAGUCAGAGCAUGAUCUCAGUAUGGAGUUCCUCGAGGUCAACAUUGUAAGAAGUAAAAGCGACUCGGUUCUGCACAUGCCUGAUGCUACCUUGGAAAUUGAAUCGGAGCUGCUUUUCCUGCAUGACAUCGAACCCUCCAUUUUUCAGGAUGCUUCAUAUCCAAAUACUCCCCACAACACAAGCCAGGAGAUCAUGAAGUCCAAACUUAACCACCUGUCCGCUUUCCUCAGGGACAAUGAGAAAGAGGAGGAAAUGUUGCUCGAUAAUCGCUUAAACGAAGAUAAAGUCCCAAACGUGAAUGGCUCGCUACCGAAAGAGUUCCUCAAUGGCCACGCUAGGAUAGGCAUGAAGCAAUCGAGUACUUCAAACUCCAUGCGAAGGCGGAGGCACAUGUUCUACCGACAGCCCUCUUACACCUUCUCCUACUACGGCAAAAUAGGCUCGCACCGUUACCGUUUUCGUCGGGCCAACGCCAUCAUCUUGAUAAAGUCCUCGCGCAGCAUGAACGAUAUCUACGACAUGCAGAAGCGUCAGCGACAGAGGUACAGACACAGGAAUCAGAGCGGCGCGACAAAUUCCAGCGGAGACACGGAGAGCGAAGAGGGGGAAACCGAAACCACUGUCAGGCUCUUGUGGUUGUCGAUGCUAAAGAUGCCAAAGGAGCUGCUGCGACUGUGCGCCUGUCACCUCUUAACUUGGUUUUCGAUCAUUGCUGAAGCCGUGUUCUAUACAGAUUUCAUGGGACAGGUCAUCUUCCAGGGCGAUCCAAAGGCCCCCUCGAACUCAACUGAGUUACAUGCCUAUAAUGCUGGCGUUCAGAUGGGGUGCUGGGGACUGGUAAUUUAUGCUGCUACUGCUGCCGUUUGCUCAGCCUUGUUGCAGAAAUACUUGGACAACUAUGACCUUAGUAUAAAAGUGAUCUACAUCCUGGGCACGCUGGGUUUUUCUCUUGGCACUGCAGUGAUGGCUAUGUUCCCCAACGUGUACGUCACCAUGAUCAUGAUCAGCACUAUGGGAAUAGUCUCUAUGAGUAUCUCCUACUGCCCCUAUGCGCUUUUGGGACAAUACCAUGAUAUAAAACAGUACAUUCACCACAGCCCGGGGAGCUCAAAGCGAGGAUUUGGCAUAGACUGUGCUAUUCUGUCAUGUCAGGUUUACAUCUCGCAGAUCCUGGUGGCCUCUGCGCUCGGCGGCGUGGUGGAUGUGGUUGGCACGGUCAGAGUCAUUCCUGUGGUGGCUUCAGUGGGAUCCUUCCUGGGCUUUUUGACAGCCACCUUCUUGGUGAUUUACCCCGAAGUCAACGAAGAGCCAAAGGAAGACCAGAAAGGACCAGGUCCUCCAGAGACAGCUGAGGGCAACGGCACGAGCGCAGAGAAGCCAACUGUGCUGAAGCUCACGCGCAAAGGAGCUGCUGCGUCGGAGCUGGAGAGCGAGUCAGCCGUUUGAGGCCACCGCUUCCUACUCACCCACAUUCCAGGGAGUGCAGGUGCAGGAUCAAGAACUUGUUGUUUUGGUUUGGUUUGUUGUUUUUUUUUUGUUUUGUUUUUUUUUUUUCUUUCCCAGGAAAACAAAUUAGGAUCUUCACUACUUGUAGCUAAAAUUGCAGAAGAAAAGGCAGUUUCGUGCAAAAAUGUAAAUUAAAUUCUGUAGUCCUUAAUAUAGGUUUGAACAGGUAGCUAUGAUGCUAAUUGCUUUCUCUACAACUUAGAAACAUCAUUUCUGAACACUUUUUUAUUAAGAAUACAUUUAGAUUUCAAAUAAGUUUUAUUAAUCUGCAUGAGACUCACAGUGUAUGCAAUUAGCAGUUAGAAAAAUUAAGUUUUCGGCUGUUUUUAAACUAACUGAAAAUGGAAGCUCUCUCGACUUAUAGUCUCUUGCUAUUUUUUUGUCUGAACAUUUCAGAUUUCACUAGUGUAAUAGCUGAAUCAAAUGCUUAGACAUGUUGAUCAAUUUUAUUUCAUGAGCAUGAUAUUACUGGUCUAACAGCUACAGUUCUUCAAUGUUAAUUUUAGACUUCAUGUUUUUGUUAGUGCAAUUACUACAGAAUAGUUUUAUUUACAGUUACUUUCAAGAAAAACAAAAGCAAUUACUGCAGUUUCUAAGAAACUGCUGGGAAUCUUUUUAGUCAUACUGUUCAACAACUACUCCCAAGUCUGCUGCUUGUCAGGAGAGGGUGACGUUAAGCGCAGGAUGUGAACUGCAGGUGGAAGGAGCAGCAACUGGGAGAGGUGACCAGCACUGACAGGUUUUUAUCACAAGUGCUGAAUUUGAUGAAUGUCGUUGGAAUACGCUGUGACAAUUUUUAGCUGGGAAUUUUGCAUGCUGGUGAACUCGGGGGGGGGGGUUUGGUGGCGUUUAAACCUGAUCAUCUCUGGAUGAAGCUGCCCUGGAGAAAGGGCAUCUCUGGGGUCAGUUUCGCGGGAGGGGGGCGUGCAGAUUCUCUUCCGUAGGGAAAGGAAGUCAUUGAUUAAUUGCACUUUUUAUGGUCCUUUCACCUCCUGGCUGUGAACGCAGCGGCCAAGGUGAAGGCAUGGUGUCAGUACAACAAGGUAAACCGAAGGCCUACCUCCAUCAUUUUGUGGCAUAGUCUGGGUGUAUAAAAAUCCGUGUCAGAAACAGUUUUUUAGGCCUUAAAACUCAAUCCAUUAGCGUGUGUUGCUGUUCCAGUCCCUGUGUUGGAGGAAUUGUAGGCUGGAGCUCUGCCGAGCUGCUGUACCGAUGUCGUCAGCGCAACCUCCACGCCCCCUUCCUUGAUUCAGGACAUAGCUGUAGUGCAAAGACAUUUUUCUGUGAAGAGCUUGAAAGAGUUGUGCUAAUCUGACUUAAACUAGUGUUUGGAUCGCUAGCAGCGUGCCCCAGUCCAGGGGCAGCCAAAGCUCAGAGAUCCAGCAGCCAUCUAAAGCAACUUCAGAAACCGAACUUCCGUUCGUCGUCUUAUAAGAAGUGUUUGUGAUGCUUAUUUACUCAUUUUCGCAUGGACCUCCAGGCUGCAGUCGAUCCGUGUGCUAAACAGACAAAUCACAGCUCGUUGUAAGAUUUCUGCUGCCUCAAACUUCUCAUACUACAGUACUUUAAAAUGCAUGUGUAAAUCAUGCUGCAAUAUAGUCGUUCAAAAGAAGAAUAUAUAUUUCAAAAUGAAAAGCAGUUUUUAAUAAAUUACUUGAAUUGUCAAUGUAUUUAAGAAAUGUAUGUUUUGGUGUAUUUGGAGUUGACACGCAGUGUUGGCGGGUGCCUGGUGGCACGUGUGGGUUGCUUAGCUGGAAGCUUUCAGUCGGUGUCGAUGUCCUGUGCUCUCAAGGGUGACAGUGUUGGUUUCAGGCUGGCGAAAUCGCCGGGCACUGAAGUACAUAUAAUUGCACAGGACUGAGGCUGUGGGUUUUUUUUUCAAGUGUCUUGAGAAAGUCUUUUUUUUCUUUAAGGUGAAUAUUUUUUUUUUUAUUUAGAACACGUACUGUGAACUGUGUUCAGACAGGGGAAUAAUACUACUGAAGAAUAUGAGACCUUAUUGAAGAAAUCAGUUGUGAGAAAUACUUUUAACUGAACUUCUGCCAUGAAUUUUAUCAUCUCAAUUACAUUUAAUAUAUUCUGGUGAUGUUCAUAUAUAACAGAGAUGAGUUGUAUUUCACUCUAUAACUGGCAUUCAUGUAAAAUACACACUGAGUUAGACUUUUUUAAAGUGGCUUUAAUAUUUUAUCUUUGAAGCUCCUUGAAGAUUCUGGUUUUGGUUAAACAAACACUGUCAAAUACUCCUUACUUUACUCUCUAUUUCUGGAAAGGUUCUUCUAUGGUUUAAAAAUCUGCAUCUUCCGGCCGGUGCCAGCCACAAUUACCGUUUUGCCCCCGAGUUUCACGGAUCGGUGUGGUUUCAAGUCACCGUUACUCCACAUUGCACCUUCAUGGCCAAGAUUUUUUUCAAAGCACCAUCGAGCUGACCAAGGUCUGGCUGCAGGGAGGGAGAAGCUGAAGCUCCCUCGCGCUUCACAGCCAACAGAGGGAGCGUGAAACCAUUUGGGGGGGUGAGCUCACACUCGUUUAUUGAGCUUUCGAAGUCAUGGGAAGGGUGAGGAGGGGGAGGAAGGAUGUUUCGAACCCGGAGGGUUUCAAUCAAAGGCAGGGCAGGUCCAGUUUUGUCCCAGCCAGCAUUUGGCACGGCCUCGUUUCUAAGAAUUGGACAUUCAAAUCCAUAUUUGGGGUUGUUUAUGGGGCUGUUUAAUUACCAUUUGUGAUGCAUGAAUAUGCACGGUGCCUUGUAGCAGGAAGCUCUAUUUCACUCCCCUGUAAAGCUGAAGGAAAUAAUCACCCAUUGUAAAUGCUCUGAAGUAUUUGUAGUAUUGCCAGAAGAAUAAACUUGGGGAAGCCCCAGCCAAAAUAUCUCCUCCUGUACCUUGGCCAGCUGUGAAACCUCCGCGCUGGCUUCGCUGUGUCCCGACACCUUCCAUAGUAAUGCUUUUUCUUGAAUUUGAGAGAGUUUUCUUCUUAGCCCUGGCACUUCUCAGGGUAGAGUGGGCACUGAUUGAUUUCUUUAUGUGUCCCUUACCUUAUCUUUUAGAUACAGAUUUUUUUUAUUUUUUUUUGGGGGGGGGGGGGGGGUGUCAUGAUUAAAAGCUAAAGUAGUAAGAUUUUAUGUGUUUAUUGCAGAAGUUGUGGGAAGAGAAGAGUUGAAGGGGCUUUAUUUUAUUCCUGGUGACAAUAAGCAUAAUUUUUUGUUUGUGGUAUUACUGUAUAGUGAAACUCAUCCCAUGUGCUCCUCCUCUUUGGACCUUUGCUGCAGUAGGCUUUAAGGUUUAGUGGUUUCGUUCUGUGUUGCUCUGUACUGUAACCUAUUUUAACAUAUUCUGCUGCAGUCCUGGUGACAUGUAACACCUCGGACACGAGACAUCGUUAAUGCUCAGAUUCUUGAGUGCUGUAGUCAGUAAGCUGCACGUCUAGAAGUAUUUCACAUGAGAGCAGAGAAGCUCAAACUUGAACUGCUCGGCAAGGCGUGAUGUGGCUUUUGCACCGUUGGGUUAUUGCAAGAGUCCAGUCAGAUCUGCGCUAUUCAUGGAUGGCAAUUUCAGACUCCAGAAGCAAUAAUUUCUUAGGAAUGUGUCUCUUCCUGCUGGUUAGAUGACUUUCAUAGAGAUUUAUUACCUAAAUAGCCUUUUAAUAACGUGAAUCUGGUCCUUUGCUAGCGCUGGCAGUAAGCAGUUAUGGAAAGAUGUGGGUUGUUCAUCAUCAGAAAGGGAGGAAGCCAGUAAAUCCACCGGAGGUUAGUGCUCACUGGAACACACGGUGUCCUUCCCCCUUCCACUUGAAGCCUUUUUCUAGAUGAUGAAAUAUUCCCGGCACAGCGGGCUGCAAAGGGGGCAGCUGCAAAUUCAGCCUCCAGGUUUUCUUGCCGGUGCCAACGCUGGCCUGCGGUCCCUGGGAUGAAACAGGCUUGCGUGAGGUUUCCCACGGAGGCGUGGGGGCGAGGGCUGAGCCUUUCUCAUCCCUCUUCCAUCUGAUCCAAAUCCCCUGCUGCCCCCCCCCCCCCAGCACUUGGAACGACAGCGCCAACAACAGUGAUUAUUGCCGGGUACCUCACCAAAAACCUCCAUCCCAUCGUUAGAAAUGCAUCCGGCUUGGGGUGCGCGUGGCCUUCCGCCAGCGUCCACCGGUAAAGGCAGGAUUUUCACGGCUCCCAGCGGGGUCUUGUGGCCACGUGGGCCGAGGUCGUGUUUCUGAGUAAAAGUGGAGAAAGUCACAGUUUGUUCCCGGGAGAGCUCCCUCCGCACCAGCCGGGCGCCGCAGGGCUCAGCGUUUGUUCUCGGCGGUCACUCACAUUUUCAAUAAUUUUGCGUGGACCCGGAGCCGGGUUGCGCGACGCUCCGUUGUUCAGUCCCCGAGAGUUUGGGGGUUUUUGAGGUGCGCGUGGGUGUGUCUGUGUACCUGUGUGUAUAUACAUUUCUAUACACACUGCUCGGGCCAAAAGAUCUUUGGUGGUUGUGUGCUCGUCCUCACUGUACUCAACAGUGUUUUCAACUUGAGUUCUUCCAGGUUUCCCUCAUCCUAGUCCGAUGCAAGACGAGCUCAGCUAUAAAUAUGUAUCCUAUUUAAAUGAAAAAGUAAACUCCUGCAUGAUAUUCCAAGCACAUGUAGCAGCUUCGGCAUCUGAAGUAUCUAUUGUGAAAGAGAAGUUGGUUUUCUUUGCAGCUGUUUUGUCCUUGUUUCCUUUUAAUAGGCCAAAUAAAUGUAACGAACACCAAAUGUUGCACAGAAAAGUUAUUAAUGACUGUGUAGAAGAAAUACCAAAUUUUAUUUUUCUUUGCAGAAACUUUAUGGUUACAGAGAGUCCUCUAGCUGUUAUUCUUCCUUAAACGACAAAGCUGAACGUUUGUAAAGUGUGUUGAAAAUGGUCAUUUUUAAAAAGUGGAGCUACCCAAAGUUUUCUGUUCCUCAUGUUGCAUCCAGAACAAGCCAUUGGCAGAGGCGAGCUGCAGAAGCUCAAAUACCUGCUGGGGUUUUGAUUUCGAGGCUCAGCAGCCCGGACGGUUAGGAAGUUGUGUUCCAUAAGGACAGCAAGGCUCAGUUGCCUUUUCACCCUGUGGCACUAACAUCUGCCGGGGCCUGCUCGUUAAGAUGUUUCAGGUUUUUUUCCUGUCAUUUAAAUUAAGAUCACCCGGAAAAACAAAAAAAAAAAAAAAAACCAAACGAUUUGGUUUGGUUCCUCAGCCCCAGCAGCCCUGCGGCUCACCCCGCCUUCCCUGGCCCCGGGGGGUGCCCCGGAGGGACAGGUACCUCCCCCCCCCCCAGAGAGCGCCUGCUAAACUGAAAAAAAGGCUUUCGAUGCCCUUGUGACCUGCUAAAACUUUAGCAAAAGUUUCAAUUUGACAUACUCUGAUAUUUUUUUUUUUUCUUAAAUUUUGAAGCUGGGGGUGACGCCCCAGGAGCAUUUAGCCAAAGGAGGCAUCGCCUUAUUUAGUCUGCACCUAUUCAAUCCUUAGUGAUAGCCAGAAUGGAGUGAAUAGCCCCAAAAACCAGAAGUACUUUUUUCUCAACAAAUUCGGCAGUUCCUAAAUUUUUUUUUUUUUUUUUUUUUCUGAUGUAACAUGAACACCAAGCCCUUUUGGUAGCCAAAUGACCAGCUUAUUUUAAAUGCCUCAUAUUAAUAGAAAGCUGCAUAUAGGCAUCUCAUAGUGAGGAAAAAAAAAAAAAAAAGGAAAAAAAAAAAGAGAAUAUUUAGUUCCUUUGUGAACUGGCCAUAUGACAACUACUUUUUUAUCAACUUAUUAAGUUGGGGCACUAUAAUAGCUCUUGCUGAGUUUAGCAAUGUUUAUAAGCAUGUGUUAAACACAUAAUGUUUUAUGAGGAAAAAGGGAUAAAGAAAAGUAAUGUCACAGAUGAAUGUUUGAGUGCGUAGACGGCAUAAUGUAUGUAUGAUUUUUAUUUCUACACUGUUGAGCUUAUUUUCUGGUUUAAGGUUAAAAAAAAAAAGAGAUUUGUUGCAUGAGAAACUGUUUUAUUGUGUUCUGCACUUUCUGUUCCUUUUGUAUAACCUUGAUUUUUUUUUCAUUUAUGCAUAGAAAAGAAAAAUCAAUUUAGAAAUCUUCUACUCCACCAGGCGUUGUGUUCCGAUCCGUUGUUCUGAAGUUCGAUCUUAAUAAACAUUUCCGUAAGA